GCUGUUGUUCCUCUCCAGAAUGGAUUCGUCAUCACAACUGAUCCCAAAAACUGAGAAAAUGUCUCAAAUCACAGGGAGUCAAAGACAGGUUCACAGGUGGCAGAACUUGCAAUCUCUAUUUCUAAUGCUGUGUCUGGGGCUGUUGUGUUUUUGGGUUGUAUGGUCAUACAUGACUGAUCAGCAGAAGAGACAUCCCCUCCCUAAGUUUUUACAUCAGAAAGACAGACUGGACACCUCUAUAAACUCCUCGUCCCUUUUCCGAGCCACUCCCUCUGUCUCCAUGUCUGAAGUAGGGAUUAGUAUUGAGGAAUGGACAAGGAUACAGCAGACUGUGUUCUGGGAUGGACCAGACCAACCAGUUACUGCACUCUCCAGGAGCACAAGCCCUGUUCAUAGCACAUUCUCCAUUCAGAACCUGAGAAAGAGUUACCGCGUAGGAGAUGAAAUAUUUGUCACUGUGAUCGCAAGAGAUUUCAACAACAACACAAAACGAUAUGGGGGGGAUUUCUUCCAGGCCAAACUUUUUUCAUCCAAACAAAAGGCUAGUGUGUUUGGAGAGGUUGUGGACCACAGGAAUGGCUCAUACUCUGUGCGUUUUCUGCUGCCAUGGGUUGGCCAGGCAAAGGUGGCUGUGCGUUUAAUUCACUCAAGUGAAGCUGUGCAAGUCUUAAAACGCCAUCGGGACGCUGACUCUGACCGUGUGUACUUUAGAGGAUACUUUGAAGGUUUUGAUGUAAAUGGAACAAAGCUGAGUGAGGUGGUGGAAUGUAAUGUGAAGUGGGAACACAAUGGUCUGGAAAGACUUGGAGGAGGAAACUGCUGCUGUGACUACAGAGAUGCACAAACAGGGGAGGUCUGGCGCUGCCAGAAGCCCAGAUUUCUGACCUGCGAUAACCUGGUGUACCACUCCAUGGGAGGAUAUCGAAACCGCCUCACUGGCUUUGAGAGAAAGCUGAUGGGCAAAAAGCUUAUAAACAGAGGUAUCAGUGGAGACAGCAGAGUGAUUACAGUCCUUCCCACCAACACAAGUAUUGGUGUGACCACAAAAUGUCAUCCUGGUGUGUCUACACCAGUUCCAGCAGGGUUUUACCUGAAAGAUGUUUGGACUUCUCUGGUCUGCUCUACUCGACAUUUUAACAGUUUAGAGGCAAAACAGUGUUUAAGAGACAGACAUAUCUACAUUAUGGGAGACUCUACCUCCAGGCAAUGGUUUGACUAUCUAAGGACAGCAGUACCAACACUGAAGUCUGUGAAUCUGCACAGUCAGAUGCAGGCUGGGCCACUAAUGGCUGUUGACUUAGACAACAACAUUGACUUACACUGGAGAGCCCAUGGUCCACCUCUGCGCAGUCGGAAAACUCCAGUGGCUGACCUGCACUACAUCAGCAAUGAAAUAGAUGGUCUAGCAGGAGGGCCACACAUGGUCAUCGUGUUUAAUGUGGGCCCUCACUUCACUACUUACCCACUGGCAUUCUUCACCAGAAGAGUGGCAAGGAUCCGCGCGGCCGUCCUUGCCCUGCUCACGCGAGCACCAGACACUACAGUCAUCAUUAAAACUGUCAACACCGGUUACAAGGAUGUGUUUGGCAGUGAUUGGUACUCUCUGCAAUUGGACAGGAUCCUGAGGGAGAUUUUUCAGGGCGUCCCUGUUUUCAUUUUGGAUGUUUGGCAGAUGACAGCCUGUCACUACAACGAAGAAAACAUCCACCCAGCACCUUUAAUCAUUAAAAAUGAGAUGGAUAUUUUUCUGUCCUUUCUUUGUCCUGUCUAGGGAUUUAUUUGUGUUAACAAUUAAAGCUCAAGAGCUUGGACAGAUUUCCUCAAAGAGCAGAGAGAUCUACUGCUCUGAGGCAUGUUUGUACAUUUUUUAAACAUGUAUUUAAACAGGAUUGGGCCACUGUUUUCUGUUUGCAUAAGGCUAGGAUUAGGGGAAAUUUAAGGGUAAGGUAUGUAUGUUGCGGGUAUGCAUAUUGCAGGCGAGGUUGGGUGAUAUGUGUCUUUUUGCAAUAAUUCUGAAUGUUCUUUCUCCACAAUGUUUCAGAUUGCAUUAUUGAUUGUAUACGUAAUGUUUGUAUAUGACUUAAUCCAACAUUUCCAGACUGAUGAAAAUCCCAACAAGUAUGCAUUGACACUGGAAAUUAAAUACCAACAUAAUUGGUAAAUCAAUCCCCAGGAACAAAAAUCACUGCAAGUCAUCACUAUAAAAACACCGACAUUAUACUGCACUGAUGGGAAACACAAUUUAAUAUUAUGAUUCAUUUCUCAUUGCUGUUUUAUCUCAAUUAUUACAUUUAACCAAGAAAUAAAUGUACUGAAUUUUGCAACUCAGCAUUUAACUGACUCAUAUUUAAUGUUGUUCUUGAUUUGCCACAAAGUUUCCUCUUAUUUCAUCUAGCGAGAGUUUUCUCACUGCUGUUUUCAUGCAUUGCAGGGUUGGAGGUUUCAGGCCCAGUAUUGUGUUAUUGUUCUUUGUGACACUUGCUAUUGUAAAACGUACAACAAAAAUAGAACUAAACUGAACUAAACUGAACUAACCUGAA